AUGACGGAUAAAUUUGAAGACCACGAGUCUCGCCACAGUUCAACUUCCUUGAAAUCCGUCGACAAUGCCGACAAUCAAAAUAGCGCUCAACGCGUGCCACCCCCCGAGACCCCCGAGGCCAUACAGACCCGAUUCCGAGUGAUUGCCGCAUUCUGGGCUGUGAUCAUCUUUCUAGGUUUUCCAAUUUGGUGGAAAACAACGUCAAUAUACCGGGCUCAUCUGCCUAUUCAGGAGAUGACUGAAUGGUCUGAAGGAAAGAUCUGUCGUCCAGUCUUUCCUCUUGAAAUUCAAAUCGCAGCGCCCGCACUGCAAAUGACUGAAUCCCAACAUCUUGUGCGAACGACGCAACAUGCACUCGACGAUCUGAAUGAGUUUGCUGCUCACCAUCUUCGCCUCAAGCUGGCAAAUGCCACGGAUCUUUCAGAUAAUGGUGCUUCAAUGUUAAGUGGACAGAACACGGGCGACGGAGCCGACACGGCAUUGACUGUUCGUGUGUUGUCCGAAGACGGCCUGUCUACUCCCAGAUCGGAAUUGCAUGCCGAGACAACGCAGCUAGAUAUCUUCUAUCCGCCCAGUCAGGUGCCGGUCCCGUCUUCUUCGAAUCCUGCGUUGUCUGUGUUCAUUGCAGAAGAAUUGCAGCGCCUAUACAGUGAGGAAAAGGCCACCAUUGCCUACAUCCUCUCGGGCGGUACAUCGGGCCCUGACGCGGAAAGCAUCAGCCGCCGAUUACGUCGGUCUAUGAAAUAUGCCGACACGUACCAUCUUUCAUUUUCCUUGUUCACCCCCGGCGCGGCGCCGACCUCUUGGGACAUCGAAGCUGCUAUUCAAGAGUACCUGGCACCUCUGCUCUUCGCAUUCACGCCAAUCAGCAACUUCACCAUCGACACUCAGGUCCAGAUGUAUGCGACCUUUUCGCCCAUGGCUCCACCACCACUUUUCGAUGAGGUAGAGUCAGCGUGGACCCUGAAGAAGGAGGAUCUCAGUGCUUUCAUCAAUGCCGCCGAAUGGCCUCUGAAUCCCAGCAUUGGAAAUGGGCCCACGCUGAAUUUCGUUCUAUACGUACCGGAUCCGUCUCAGUCACCCAUGGUGGUCAAGGAAAACCGCGCCUCCAGCUGGAUCAUACCCCAGUGGGGUGGCGUCUUCCUUCUCAAUCCCCCUCUGGAGACGACCGACUCAAGCGGUAGCCGAACCAACCCGGCACACCUGUCGCAGGACUCUCUCCGCCCAGCAUUCAUGACCUUCUCUCACCAGCUUCUGACGCUUUUAGGCACGCCUGCCACCCCGAGCUCACUGCCUCUGAGAUUGCAGUCAAUGAUCCGUGUUCGUGCGGCCGCAUUACUCUUGUCCGCUUCCUCGACCAUGGGCUCCCUCGCACGUCUUACCGAAUCCCUGCCUUCCAUCCCAAUCCCGGCCACUGUAGCUGCUUCUGUGGCCAAAACACUCUCUCAGCUGUCGGCGACAUGUUCACAUCUGCGAGAGGGGCGUUUCGGCGCCGCUCUAGCUAGUGCUCGUAUUGCCGAAUCCGAGGCCGAGCGGAGCUUCUUUGAGAAGAGUAUGGUUGGCCAGGUCUAUUUCCCGGAUGAGCACAAGGUUGCCGUGUAUCUUCCAUUGCUGGGCCCCGUUGGCGUUCCGCUGAUUGUCGGCUUGAUGAAGGAGGUGAAGCGACUUGUCGCAGCGUGGAAAGCGAGGAGGCUAUCCAAGGCAUAG